AUGGCAUUCCAAUCCCUUCUAUAUUUAUUCCAAGAAAGGACACUGAUUUUUUCCGUUUCCUCCUAUUAUCGAAGCAAUACCGAGUUGAGAUGUACUCCGUAAACUCAAAAUACGGAAAUGAAAAGGACUGGGCACUUUCAGCACAGAUCGUCUCCCUGGCGUUUUGCCAUUUAGAAGAUCACCGUUUUUUGAUCGGGCACUUCUCCGACUCAAGUCUUUUCCCAAAUCUUGAAACAGCAAUUAUUCAGUUGGGUGUUCGUGAAUGUCUUCUUCCCUGUUGGCUCUUAAAUAACGAGAACACGAAACAGGACAAACGCGCUGCGCUUCCGUUUUUGCAGUUGGUUCUGGAGCGUUCAAAUGUCUUGGUUACUGAGCUUGAUAAAGCUGAAUACUUCGUGGAUGACGUUUCCGAGGACUUAAGGGUGUUGCUUAAAAACGACGGCGCCUCGUCUUCCGAAUCAGAUUUCCUAAGCCUCUUCCGUGCAAGAUCCGAACUGUCUGAUGCCUUCCAGUGCUUAGGAGCCAUUUUAAAAUUCCUACGCCUCAAUUCAAAUGAGUCACUGGCGCAUAAUUUCACAAUAUCGCAGUUUUCAUUGGAAAACCACGUUCGAUUAGACAGUGCUGCGCUGAAUGCUCUUCACCUCUUGCCCUCCUCCGAUGCCGUAAACAAAUACCAGAGUGUCUAUGGUGUCCUCAAUCAUUGUCGCACUCCACAGGGCCAGCGACUUCUCGCCGAGUGGCUCAGGCAGCCCCUCACCGACAUUGCUCGCAUCAACGAGCGUCUCGACCUCGUGGAGGCCUUCGUAGAUGACAGCAGCCUGCGUCACACCUUCAACGAAACCUUUCUUCGACGAGACAUCUACCGGGUGUAUAGAGUUGUGUGUUCGUUGCCUGAGGCGAUCAGUCACCUGCGGCGCAACCAGGGUCCACACGCGGCCCUCCUGGAUCACUGCUUCGUCAGCGCCCUCCAAACUGCCGAGGCGAAUUUCAGCAAGUUCGUCGAGAUGAUCGAGUCCACGCUCGACCUGGAGGCGGCGGCCUCGCGAAACGAAUUCAUCAUCAGGCCGGAUUUCGAGCCGGAACUACAGGGUACCGUGCCGUUAAAAAAAAAAGAAAGACGACGCACGCACGCACACGCGGGGAAGACGAUCAAGCUGGAGUCGUCCGAUGGCAUGGGCUUCUACCUGCGUGUCACCCUCAAGAUGGAGAAACAGAUUCGCGGGAUCAGCUGGCUGAAGAAGAUCGAUAUGCAGAAGGGCGGUGUGCGUUGUCGAUCCGCGGAGUUGAGUCGUCUCAACGAGGAGCACACCAGCCUCAAAGAUCAAUACGCAAAGGCCCAGCGCUGCGUGGUCAACGAACUCCUCACCGUCGCCUGUGGAUACGCUGAACCGCUCUACACCCUCGGCGCCUGCACCGCCCGCCUCGACGUUGUUGUCAGCCUGGCCAUGGCUGCUGUCAGCGCGCCCCAGCAGUACGUGCGCCCGCGGUUCGCUCGGCAGGACCCGGCGUCGGCGGGCAUCCGACUGCGCGACUUCCGUCACCCGUGUCUCGAGAUGCAGGACGGCGUCUCUGUCAUUCCCAAUGACGUCGACCUACAGCGCGGUAAACAAAUUUUCAAGACCAUCACUGGACCAAACAUGGGCGGCAAAUCGACGUACAUCCGCGGUACGGGCGUUGUGUUGGCAAUGGCGCAGGCAGGCAGCUUUGUGCCGUGCUCGGAGGCCGACCUGGUGCCGGUGGACGCGAUUAUGGCGCGCGUCGGUGCCGCCGACUGCCAACUCCGCGGCAUCUCCACAUUCAUGGCCGAGAUGCUCGAGACGGUCGCUGUGCUCAAGCUUGCGACGCGCGACUCCCUGGUCAUCGUGGACGAGCUGGGUCGUGGCACCUCCACGUACGACGGUUUCGGCCUGGCGUGGGCCAUUUCCGCGCACCUCGCUGCCUCAGUGGGCUGCUUCACGCUCUUCGCAACCCACUUCCACGAGUUGACGUCGAUGGCUCUCAUCAUGCCCGGCCUCGUCGCCAACUACCGCGUCUCCGCGGAGGUGAUCUCUGAUGGUGACGAUGGUUGCCAGCCUGGAGCUGGCUCUGACGUCGUCAUGCUCUACAAAGUGGAACCUGGUAUUUGUGACCAGAGCUACGGACUGAAGGUGGCGCGUUCCAUCGGCCUGCCAGCGGACCUCGUGGACGAAGCAGAAGCCGCCUCGGCCCAGGAGGAGAAGCUGGAAUCGAUGUGGGUUCGACUGGAGGAGGCGGCGGCGGCAGCUGCGCAUCACGCCACCUCAACAUAUCCUCAGCAGCAGGUAGCAGUUGCGCGAUUGUCUGGCUUCGAUUUGGUGGUUUUUUGUGUGGUUGGCAUAGGUGUGUCUUUGUACGCCCACAACCACACACCAACACACUGA